AUGAAGUUGAUUGAGUCUAAGGAAGCACAAAAUGUUACUUUCUCAAAAAGGAAAAAAGGAUUGUUCAAGAAAGAGGAUAAGUAUUCAACUCUGACCGGAGCAGAUGUUGGUCUCUUUUCACCAAGUGGAAAACCAUAUUCCUAUGGCUCUACGAGUAUAGAUGAAAUAACUGAUAAAUCUUUUGAUUUAAAUCUUGAUGAUCGCCAAGGUGAAGGUGAUCAUGCCGAUGUCGGCAAAUCAAAUGUCUUUGAGGCAUUUGAAGAACUUCGUAAAGAAAUACAAACAUUGGACAAGAAACAAAAAGAGCAUCCUCACUCAGACAUAUUGUUACACAAAUACAUGUUGGAGUACAUGUCAAUCAAAUCGCGAUUAGACAAAAUUAAAAAGGACAAAAAAGGUAAAUUUGUCCAUGAGCCUGAAAAGGAGGAGAGUUGA